AGGAGCAGCGGCACCGGCGGAGGAGGAGGAGGAGAGCUGAGGCAAUGCAGAGGAGGAAGCAGAGGGGGGGCGAGGAAUUCACUUCUGUGUGUGUCUUGUCCUGCCAAAAGAGCAACAGCCCCACAGAGAAGGAGAAGAUACACUUCUGAGAUGGUGCUGAUUUGUUUCCGUUACCUUUUACGGUAACGGGCUUUGACGGUUUGAGUUUGUUUUUUUUCUUUGGAAUUUUUUUUUUUUUUUUUUGUAGCCAACAGAAAUCACGGAGCACUGAGUAGAGGACAGCCGGGGACGCUCACACCGCUACCAGAGAUGUCCCUGCUGUGCGUGGGAGUGAAGAAAGCCAAGCUGGAUGGACCCCAAGAGAAGUUCAACACGUAUGUGACUCUAAAGGUACAAAAUGUGAAGAGCACAACUAUCGCUGUCAGGGGCAACUUGCCCAGCUGGGAGCAAGACUUCAUGUUUGAAAUUAACCGCCUGGACCUGGGUCUGACAGUAGAGGUGUGGAACAAAGGGUUAAUCUGGGACACCAUGGUUGGCACUGUGUGGAUUCCACUCCACAGCAUCCGGCAGUCGAAUGAGGAAGGUCCAGGGGAGUGGCUCACGCUGGACUCUCAGGUCAUCAUGGCUGAUAAUGAGAUCUGUGGCACCAAAGAUCCCACCCUCCACCUGGUGUUGCUCGAUACACGCUUCGAGCUGCCUCUAGAUAUCCCCGAGGAUGAGGCACGGUACUGGGCCAAAAAACUGGAGCAGCUCAAUGCCAUGAGGGACCAAGAUUAUUCAUACCAGGAGGAACAGGAACGCCCUCUGCGUGCGCCAGGAACCCAGUGCUGUAACUGGAGUCUAUGGGGAGACCAACAAAAUGAAGACCAAGAUAGUGCUGUGGAUGACAGAGACAGCGACUACCGCAGUGAAACCAGUAAUAGCAUCCCCCCUCCCUACUACAGCACAUCCCAGCCCAAUGCCUCUGUCCACCAGUAUCCUAUCAGCCACCAGCACCGCAGCUCCAGAAGCUUCUCCUACCCGCGCUCUGGCAAUAGCCACGACCUCGACUACCACCAUCAGAGAACUGUCAGUCCCACUGGGAGUUAUGCAUCAUCUGCAGAGCUCAGCCGGUGCAGCAGUCAGCUGAGCGAGGAAGACUAUGGGGGUGAGUACGGGGAGAGGGACCCUUACGAUGAGAACGACUCCUACCACUCCUGUCACUCCUCUGUUAGCUACAGUAAAGGGUCUCCAGACUGGGACCCUGAUGAGACCCAGGGAGCGUAUAGCGAUGAGGGUGGCUACAGCAAAGACGGAGGAGAAGAGGCUGCUCUGUACGAGGAGGAUGAUGGAGGAUUGUUGUAUGAGGGAGAAGAAGAAGGCCUCUAUGAGGAUGAGGAGAUGAUGUAUGAUGAUGAAGACUUGUACAAUUUGGAUGGGACCCUCAGUGAGGACAUGGAACCUCCCUUCACUCCCACUCCAACAUCAACCGCCCCACCAACACUUGAUGUAUCCAACUCUAGGCCCCCUCUAGAGAAACAAAACUCCCUACACCAACAGCAGCCUCCUGCUCAACCCUCUGAUCAGUCCAACCAGUCUAACCAGUCUCAUCCUUCUAGCAUGGCACCAACAGCGCAACCCCCUGGUGGUCAACAAACAGCUCAACCACCUAAACAACCCCAGACCCAAACACAGCCCCAGCCACAGCCAGCUCCUUCUGCCACUUCCUUCUUCUCUAUGGCCAAACCUCUAACAGCUGCUGUCACAGGCUUGGCUUCUAGUUUCCUGUCUUCUGUUCCCGCAGCUCAGCCUGCUCAGUCUGCUCAGUCUCACCCUCCACCCUCAGUUGUACCUCAGCAAAACCAGUCUGCUACAGCUAACUCUGUCCCUCCAUCUCACCCAGCCACUUUGGCGAACUCAGCCUCCCAGCCUCCCUCCAGUGCAAUGGGCACUUCAUCUGAGCAGACCCCAUCUAAUAUCAAUGACCAUCCCACCCAGUCAAUGUCAUUUGAGGACCAGGUUCCCAAGUUGGAGGAGGAACCGUGGCUAGAGCAGGAAACAAUGUUGGAGGAGGAGGCCAGAACGCCCCCAGCUCAGAAUGAGGAUAACAUUCCUACGGAGGAGAAAGAGGAGAAUUUGGAAGAGAGCAGACCCCUGACCACACCUGAGGAAAAAGAGAUGCCACCUGAGAGUCCGGCAGUAAAAGAGGAGCCCAGAGAGCCAGUUGACCCAGCAGUCAGAGCCAAAGAGAACUGGCACAGGCUCUACAACAAGGUCUUAGAACAACUUCGGGAGGCUCGAGGAGAGACCUCCAACUCGCUGUGGUUUGGUAAAGGAGGAAUGGGAGGUGCCCUAUAUAGUAUUGACAGCAUGCCUGACCUUCGCAAGAGGAAAGCCAUUCCUCUAGUCAGAGAUCUGGCGAUGUCUCUGGUGCAGAACUCGCGUAAGGCUGGAAUCACCUCGGCUAUGGCUUCCACCACACUCGGCAAUGAGGAGCUGAAGGUUCAUGUUUAUAAAAAGACCCUGCAGGCUCUGAUCUACCCCAUCUCCUCCACUACUCCACACAACUUCGAGGUGUGGACAGCCACCACUCCCACCUACUGCUAUGAAUGUGAGGGACUGUUGUGGGGCAUCGCACGUCAAGGCAUGCGCUGCUCAGAGUGCGGCGUCAAAUGCCAUGAAAAGUGCCAGGAUCUGCUCAAUGCUGACUGUCUGCAGAGAGCUGCAGAGAAGAGCUCCAAGCAUGGGGCAGAAGACCGGACUCAGAACAUCAUCAUGGUCCUGAAGGACCGCAUGAAGAUCAGAGAGAGGAAUAAGCCAGAGAUCUUUGAGCUAAUCCAGGAAGUGUUUGGCCUCGACAAAGCAACGCAUGCCAUGCACAUGAAACAGAUCAAACAGAGUGUGCUUGAUGGGACCUCGAAAUGGUCAGCAAAAAUCAGCAUCACAGUGGUGUGUGCCCAGGGCCUUCAGGCUAAAGACAAAACAGGCUCCAGUGACCCUUAUGUAACGGUUCAAGUUGGAAAGACCAAGAAGAGGACAAAGACCAUCUAUGGAAAUCUCAACCCUGUCUGGGAAGAAAGCUUCCACUUUGAAUGCCACAACUCAUCCGACCGCAUCAAGGUUCGUGUGUGGGACGAGGACGACGACAUCAAGUCUCGUGUGAAACAAAGGUUCAAACGUGAGAGCGAUGACUUCCUGGGUCAAACUAUCAUCGAAGUCCGCACUCUGAGCGGGGAGAUGGAUGUCUGGUACAACCUGGACAAGAGAACAGAUAAGUCUGCUGUGUCUGGAGCCAUUCGGAUGCACAUAAGCGUGGAGAUCAAAGGAGAGGAAACGGUGGCUCCUUACCAUGUCCAGUACACCUGUCUGCAUGAGCAUCUGUUCCAGUACACCACUGAGGAGCAAAAUGGUGGUGUAGUAAAGAUUCCUGAUGCCAAAGGAGAUGAUGCCUGGAAGGUGUACUUUGAUGAGACAGCUCAGGAGAUCGUGGAUGAGUUUGCUAUGAGAUACGGAGUGGAGUCCAUCUACCAGGCCAUGACCCACUUUGCCUGCUUGUCAUCUAAGUACAUGUGCCCAGGAGUACCAGCUGUGAUGAGCACCCUACUUGCCAACAUCAAUGCUUACUACGCUCACACCACCCAGUCCUCCAACAAUGUUUCUGCCUCAGACAGAUUUGCGGCAUCAAACUUUGGAAAGGAGAGGUUUGUCAAACUGCUGGAUCAGCUGCACAACUCCCUGAGAAUUGACCUGUCCAUGUAUCGGAAUAACUUCCCAGCCAGCAGUCCUGAAAGACUACAAGACCUCAAGUCUACUGUUGACCUUUUGACUAGUAUCACUUUUUUUAGGAUGAAGGUCCAGGAGCUGCAGAGUCCCCCAAGGGCAAGUCAGGUGGUUAAGGACUGUGUAAAAGCCUGUCUCAACUCCACCUACGAGUACAUUUUCAACAACUGCCAUGACCUCUACAACAGGGAAUAUCAGACAGACCCUUCAAAAGCUGUUCCUCCAGAUGAGCAGGGUCCCAGCACCAAGAACCUGGACUUCUGGUCAAAACUCAUUACCCUCAUUGUGUCCAUCAUAGAGGAGGACAAAAACUCCUACACUCCUUGCCUUAAUCAGUUUCCCCAGGAACUCAAUGUGGGCAAGAUCAGCGCUGAGGUCAUGUGGAACAUGUUUGCACAAGAUAUGAAGUAUGCUAUGGAGGAGCAUGAGAAGCAUCGCCUGUGCAAAAGUGCAGAUUAUAUGAAUUUGCACUUCAAGGUGAAGUGGCUCUAUAAUGAGUACUGCAAAGACCUUACCACUUUCCAGAAGCACGUACCUGAAUAUCCAGCCUGGUUUGAGCCAUUUGUCAUCAUGUGGUUGGACGAGAAUGAGGAGGUGUCCAGAGAUUUUCUCCACGGGGCCCUCGAGAGGGACAAAAAAGAUGGGUUUCAGGUCACAUCAGAGCACGCUUUGUUCUCCUGCUCAGUGGUGGACGUGUUCUCUCAGCUCAAUCAGAGCUUCGAAAUCAUCCGCAAACUGGAAUGUCCCGAUCCUCAGAUCAUUGGCAAUUAUAUGAAGAGAUUCGCCAAGACUAUUGGCAAUGUCCUGCUGUCUUAUGCUGACAUCAUAGCAAAGGACUUUCCAAAUCAUGUCAAGAAAGAGAAAGUGCCAUGUAUCAUAAUCAAUAACAUCCAGCAGCUCAGAGUUCAGCUGGAGAAGAUGUUUGAGGCCAUGGGAGGCAAAGAUCUCAAUGUGGAGGCUAGCGAUUUCCUGAAGGAGCUGCAGAACAAGCUGAAUAAUGUCAUGGACGACCUCAGCCGCAUCUUUGCUGUCAGUUUCCAGCCCCAGAUCGAGGAUAAUGUGAGGCAAAUGGGAGACAUCCUAGCCCAGGUCAAAGGUCAGACUGUUCCAGCGAAUGGCAGCGUAGUGCAGGAGGCUGAUAAUGUCCUGCAACCCAUUAUGGACUUCCUGGACAGCAACUUGUCGCUGUUUGCCAAGAUCUGUGAGAAGACGGUCCUGAAGAGAGUGCUAAAGGAACUGUGGAAGCUGGUGAUGAACACAAUGGAAAAAACAAUUGUGCUUCCGACACUUACUGACCAGACGGUGAUUGGCACUCAGAUGAUCUUCAAUGCUGCAAAGGAGUUGGGACAGCUUUCCAAGCUGAAGGAACACAUGGGGCGAGAGGAGGCCAAGGCUCUGACUCCUAAACAGUGUGCAGUAAUAGAGCUGGCACUGGACACCAUUAAACAAUAUUUCCACGCUGGCGGUGUGGGCCUGAAGAAAACGUUCUUGGAAAAGAGUCCGGAUCUGCAGUCUCUGCGCUACGCCCUGUCUCUGUACACGCAGGCCACGGACAAGCUCAUCAGGAAGUUUGUCCUCUCGCAGAGUGCUCAGGUCCACGGAGGGAAAGGGAUCAGAUACACAGCGAAUGAAGACACACCACCAGAGAAAGCGUCCGGAGUGGAUGCGGUCGGUGAGGUGGUCAUGGGCGUGGACAUUUUACCCCAACCUAAUGGAGAACACAAGAUCAGUGUGAAAGUGGUGGCUGCUAAUGACCUGAAAUGGAAAGCACAGGGCUUCAGGCCUUUCGUCGAAGUCUACAUCAUCGGCCCUCACCUCAGUGACAAGAAGAGGAAAUUUGCCACCAAGUCCAAGAACAACAGCUGGUCGCCAAAGUUCAAUGAGAGCUUCCAGUAUUCACUGGGCACCGAGGUCGGGCCGGAGAGCUACGAGCUGCAGGUGUGCGUGAAGGACUACUGCUUCGCCAGGGAGGACCGCACCGUGGGCAUGGCCGUGCUGCAGGUGAAGGACAUAGCCAACAAGGGCAGUGUCACCUGCUGGCUGCCACUGGGCAGACGCGUCCACAUGGACGAGACGGGCCUGACGGUGCUGCGCAUCCUCUCUCAGCGCAACAACGACGACGUGGCGAAAGAGUUCGUCAAGCUCAAGUCAGACCAGCGUUCAGCUGAAGAGGGCCGCAGCUGAGGGAGGAAGAGGAGAGUGAGGGAACACAUGUGCACAGAGACGUACCUGACCGCCAUAGUGUUAUGCACACAUAAUACUCACACCUACAUAGACAACCACGUGCAAUACACAAGCACACUCAUAAAAAUGCUCAGUUGUACAUAUCUCGCUUACAUUAUGCAACAUGUUCAUCGCAAUGUUAUCAAUGCAAACAUGCAGGAAUAUGUUUAUAUAAAUCUCAUUUAUCAUUUCCCCAGCAGCCCCACUCAUAAAAAAAAAAAACUCUCAGUUGAAGCUCAGCCUCGCAUUACCGUCCCUCACUUGCUCUUUCCUGCCAUACAUGACACCUUUUAUAUGCUGCACAUUUAGAUGUGAGAUAAAACGCCACACAUCAACAGCAAAUCCAUGUGAAUACGUUGAGAAUGAACACUUUGCACUUUCGCUCCUCUGCAUCUUCAGGAGAGUGGUUCCUGCUUAGCUAUACUCCGUCAGCCUGUCGGUCCGUCAGCCUGUCCGCUUGCCUGCCUGACUGUGUGUCGUUCUUCCAGUCCGUCCCCCUGACCCUUGUCGUUUUGCUCUUUGUAGUCUUCCCACAGUGUGAUGUGUUGUGUAAGUUGGGAGUUCAGACACAGAUCUAAGAUCAGCCCCGCCCUCCUAAAACAAAUAAAUAAACAAAUAACACAACACUGACCUUGGAUCGGCAUCCAGGGUCAACAUCACUGCUAGUCACGUAAUGUAGUAACGUCCUGCAUGUUAACCCCCAGGAACACUGUGAUAUACCCUUCCCGCUCCCAUGUUAAAGAUGGGUGCUUCCAAUAUGUUAUCUGUGUGAGCAUGGUGCAUAUAACCCUGGUACAGUAAGGUUUUAAUAAAUGUGCCCUGAGUAACUGUUGUUAUCGCGGAGAAGACGCACCACCAGUGGAUCCAUGCCGAGCCUGAUGUGUGACGUGCUGUUAGGGGGAAAAGCCGUGGAUACAAUGUGCAUUUUUCAAAUGUUUCUUCUUGCUUCACGUCACACCAAAACGGAGCAAUACCCCCACGUCUUACAACCCCCUCCUCAAGAGUGCACAUUAACUCCAAAAAAAAAAGGGCUACAGGAUCAGUGGACUGGGAUGUCACUUCAUGCACUAACUCAUUCUGUCCGUGCUUCUGUUGCCCGUCUACCUACUCUGCCAUUGAAACCGGCCCCUCUGCGGGUGCACCUUAAUUCAGAAAGCCUUUUAGUGAGCGUCACUGUGGAGGAACUUAAAUAAAAGGACACAGAAUACUUUCCUCCAGAUCGCCUGCACACGUAUCUGAACCCAUUUAUUCAAGGCAAUAGUAGUUUGUUUACGUGUUCACUGACAAAGCCGGUGAACACGCCUUUUGUUAAUGUAUGCGUGAAGAUGUGUGCGUGUGUGUGUGUGUGUGUGUGCGUGUGUGUGGGCUUGAUCGUCACACCUGCAAAAUGGGCUCUGAGAUUGUGAGCAAUAUAUUGUACUUACACACCCAAAACAUAUGCGCUGUCAAUAACUACAGAAGCACCAACUGCACACUCUGGAUGACGGGAAUGGGAAAGUUAUGAUCAAAUUUUUUUGUAACUCACUAAGAUAUUUUAUUUAUGGACUCAUAAAGUUCCCAUUCCUGUUGGAAGUGUAUAAUCUUUUUCUCAUGUUUUGGAUAAAAAAGAAGGAAAGUGUUUGGUUUUUGAAUGACUUUUUGCCUUCAAUAGGACCAAAUUUGCACCAACCAGAGCUCAUAUUUUAUUCUUUUUCUUUUUCUUUAAUUUUCUUCAAAGAAUGAAGCCAUCAGAGUCACCGCCAAGCAUUUAUGGUGUACAAGUGUUAGUUUUAGUCACGUGAAAAGGUGAGCAAGCGCUCGCAGUUGUCAUCCGGCUCGUCUUGUAAUCUCUUUGUGAAACUGAGUGAUGUCAGUGACGCUGGGUAGGUUUUUCUUCUUCCUUUUUUUUUUAACCCCAGAUGUCACUGCCGCCCUGUCACAUGUUGUCUUCACUUAACUGUUCAAAAGCUACCAAAAACUAAUCUUCUGAAUGUUAUUUACUCUCAGCAGAGCCUUCUUUCUCCGAUCAGAGAGAGAGUUCAACCCUAAAACCACAACAUGCUUGGGGAGACCAACUCAUGCCUUUGAUUUAGGCCACCAAAAUUCACCUGAGUCAUAAAAAUAAAUGGAUUGUACUUGAUUUUGCUAUUGUUGCCCAACAUUUAAAGGGGAACUCCACUGAUUUUUAUUUACAUGUCAGAGUAUUUUUACUGUUGCGCAUGUUUAAAAAAAAAAAAAAAAGUUGCACAGGUCUGUUGUCUCUUGUCAAAUGGGACUGCAGUCAAACCUGCUUCUUCCUCAUGUCUGCUUGUGGCUAAAGGCUCCAAAGAGGGCCCAGUAACUGGAAUAAAACGCAAAUCCCAGACUGCAUUGUGGGUAAUGUAGGCCCCAAGGAAGAACAAUAUGUGGACACUAUCUCCCAGCACCACCUUUGUUUCUUUUCUUCUUUUGUUUGUUUCUACCUGCACAGAAAUGUGAUGCUAAAUCAGCGGAGUGCUCCUUUAACACAGUUAAACUGUUUUCAUGUGUUGCCAUGGGUAACCCCGGGGUUACCCAUGGCAACACAAAUUUGACGUGUCAGAUUGUAGCUGAAAAAGCAACAAUAAAUAAGUUGAUCACCCGGUCCGAGGCUGGUUGGCUGCCUGCUUGAUAUCUGUAUGUUUGUAUACAUACAGACACCACCACACACACACACACACACACACACAGACCUCUCCUCAAGCACAAAUGGGCACAUGUAAGAUGACACACAUGCAUGCAUGCACGCCGACACACCUCUGUGGAGACCAAUGAUGGCGCCCUGUGAAUAGAAUCAACUUCAGUUGCAUGAUGGGAAACUUUAUUGUGCCAGCACGUGUCUCUUUGAUGUUACUUGACGUUUUUCCUUUUCCCUGUUUUUCCUUUCCAAAGCUAUGUAAUGACAGCUCAUCAGUGUUUUCUGUUUUUCCAAAAGGCUUGUGAAUACGUCAUCUGUAACAAUACGAAUGUAGUGAACACAGAACUCGCAUGAGAGAAUUAUUUUCUACUGAGGAUGUUUCUAAUUUGUUUCUUAUCGUUAUUGAUUGCUCUUUAAUGAGGAUGAAGUGGAACUGGAAUGCAGCUUGAUUGUGAUCUGCUUCCUAUUAAAAGGACAUUUGUGUCACAACCCAACUGUCUUUCUGAGAAUCGCAUU